CGUUGCCAUCCGUAGCUCCGCAUUCGACUUGUCGUCCAAACAGACAGCUGAGCUAAUUUGAGAGCAGUCGCUGGGAGACUCGUUUUUUUUUCCUUUUGCUACUAUUGCUCACUUAGACCGAAACGAGCGUAUUUGUGUGAAAGAGGCUUCCCUGACAGUUUGCUGCGGUCGCAGCCAGUGGUAUGAAGAGUCGAGGUCGUGUUCAUCCGCGGGAGCCAGCGGGGCACGCGUGGACGGGAGACGACGGAGUUCUAAGAUAAAAAAGCAAUUAAGACCCCUGUCACAAGACACACUCGUCACAACUCCCGAGUCAAAACUCCGCUGCUGACACAGGCCAGGACGGCAAUUAACUGGCAAGAAUGUAUAAUCAUGGCUACCGCAGAGAAAGCUUCAACAGCACACACAGUGGGACCAGCGAUGAGGACAUGGUGGAGGUAGCUGGAGCCACAUUGGAUUUUUCUGUGACCGAUGAUGUGCCUCCGCUGGACAAUGCUGCUUCAGAAGGCCAUUCUACGCAUAAUGGUAUUGGUCCAAAAGAAGCCAGCAAGAUGAUGGAUUUCCUUGAUGAGCCUGUGCCAGGGGUGGGAACCUAUGAAGACUUUAAUACAAUUGAUUGGGUCCGGGAGAAGUCAAGGGAUCGCGACAGACAUAGAGAGAUUGCAAGUAAAAGCAAAGAAUCCACAUGGGCACUUAUACAGAGCAUCAGUGAUGCUUUCACCGGCUGGCUGCUAAUGCUACUAAUAGGCCUCCUAGCGGGCUCCAUAGCAGGUUUAAUAGACAUUUCUGCUCAUUGGAUGACUGACUUAAAAGAGGGAGUAUGUCUUGAAGGUUUUUGGUUUAAUCAUGAGCAUUGUUGUUGGAAGUCCACUGAGAUAACAUUUGAAGAAAGAGAUAAGUGUCCACAGUGGAGAAGCUGGGCUGAACUAAUUAGUGGGAAAACUGAUGGUGGUUUGGCCUACUUCCUUAACUAUAUGAUAUAUAUCUUCUGGGCUCUUCUCUUUUCACUUCUGGCAGUAUCCCUUGUCCGGUCAUUUGCACCAUAUGCCUGUGGCUCUGGUAUCCCAGAGAUUAAGACCAUAUUAGGUGGCUUCAUCAUCCGGGGCUACUUAGGAAAGUGGACCCUACUGAUUAAGACUGUUACUUUAGUUCUUGCGGUGUCUUCAGGAUUAAGCCUGGGAAAAGAAGGGCCAUUGGUGCAUGUAGCGUGUUGCUGUGGGAACAUUCUGUGUCAUUUAUUCACAAAGUACAGAAAGAAUGAAGCUAAACGAAGAGAGGUGUUAUCAGCGGCCGCGGCAGCAGGAGUCUCUGUUGCUUUUGGUGCUCCAAUUGGUGGUGUUCUGUUCAGCCUUGAAGAAGUGAGCUAUUAUUUCCCACUGAAGACACUCUGGAGAUCCUUCUUUGCAGCCCUUGUGGCAGCAUUCACUCUACGCUCCAUCAACCCAUUUGGAAACAGCCGGCUUGUACUGUUUUAUGUUGAGUUCCACAGUCCUUGGCACCUCCUUGAACUUAUUCCAUUCAUUCUUCUUGGCAUAUUUGGUGGACUUUGGGGAGCAUUCUUCAUUCGAGCCAACAUUAAGUGGUGCCAUCGCAGAAAGACUACAAAGCUGGGCCAUUAUCCAGUGCUGGAAGUGCUUGUUAUCACAGCCAUCACCGCUGUCAUUGCCUUCCCCAAUGAAUACACACGUACAAGCACCAGUGAGCUCAUUUCAGAACUGUUCAAUGACUGCAGUUUGUUAGACUCUUCCAAGCUUUGUGAUUACGUCACUGAAUUGAACAGCACAAAACCAGCCGAUGACCUCCCAGAUCGUGCUGCUGGGAAGAACCUGUACCAAGCCAUAUGGCAGCUCACGCUUGCUCUCAUUUUCAAGAUUUUUAUCACUGUCUUUACCUUUGGUAUGAAGGUUCCAUCUGGUCUCUUUAUCCCCAGCAUGGCAGUAGGUGCAAUUGCUGGAAGACUUCUUGGAAUUGGUAUGGAGCAACUGGCCUUUUACCACCAUGACUGGGUCAUCUUUAAAGGCUGGUGUGGCCCAGGGGCAGACUGCAUCACUCCAGGCUUGUAUGCAAUGGUGGGUGCAGCCGCUUGCUUAGGUGGGGUGACUAGAAUGACUGUGUCAUUAGUUGUCAUCAUGUUUGAGCUAACGGGUGGUUUAGAAUACAUUGUGCCACUGAUGGCUGCAGCCAUGACCAGCAAAUGGGUGGCAGAUGCAAUUGGAAGAGAAGGAAUCUAUGACGCUCACAUCCGACUCAACGGGUACCCUUUCCUGGAUACGAAAGAGGAGUUCCGACACAAGACAUUAGCUAUGGAUGUGAUGCGACCUCGCAGGAAUGAUCCACCAGUCACUGUCCUUACUCAAGAAGGAAUGACAGUGGAAGACAUGGAGGCGCUCAUCAGUGAGACCACCUACAGUGGAUUCCCUGUGGUAGUGUCCAGAGAGUCACAGAGACUGGUCGGCUUUGUGCUAAGAAGAGACAUCAUCAUUUCAAUUGAAAAUGCCCGGAAAAGGCAGGAUGGGAUUGUAAGUACCUCAGUCAUUUACUUCACUGAGCACACACCACCUCAUCCUCCGAACAGCAUCUCCCCGCUAAAGCUGCGUAACAUCAUGGACCUGAGUCCUUUCACAGUAACGGACCACACGCCCAUGGAGAUUGUGGUAGACAUCUUCCGGAAGCUGGGUCUUCGGCAGUGCCUCGUCACCCACAAUGGUCGCCUUCUAGGCAUUAUUACCAAAAAAGACAUUUUAAAGCACAUGGCUCAGAUGGGGAACCAGGAUCCAGACUCUAUCCUCUUCAAUUGAAGUGGCUUCCUGUCUGUGUUUAGGAGACUUUGAAAUGACUGCAGGCUCGCCAAGAAGACACUCCCAUUAAGUGCUUUUGUUUUGUCUAUUUGGACGAAGAGUUCUGAGCACUUGCACUACUUCAGCUGCAGAAAUCUCUCUUGACCAGAGGCAUGUGUAGUUCUUUGGUGCAUUUUGUACUACAAAGAUGAGAUGCUGUCCAGUCCUUUCUAAAGUAUUCUUGGUGAGUUACAGUGACAUGACCUUGACACUUGAGUCAUGGUCUUCUGUGAUUCUACAUGGACGCUUUGUGCCAUGGAUUUGUUUUACUGUAAGGAGCAGUUUCUGCAUUAAUUGCCACACUAAUCUUAAGUAAACUGAUUAUUUUUCCAAUUUGUUUGAACUGGGUUACUUGGAUUUGUUUAAUAAAUGCCACCUCACACUUCAGACAUGGUAUGCCAAACUUGGCACCUGGGUCGCCAGUAUUAAAUAACAGACUUUUUCCUUAAACACUGUUCUAAAUGAGUGUCUAGAAUGAAGAGGCUGUAUAUAGCAGAUAUAUAUGUACAGUGUAAAUGGAAUGCUUUUGCAGAAAAUAAUGUACAUAUUAUCAACUGGAAAUCACAUCAUAUCAUGUGAAGAAAUUAAGUGGAUUC